AUGGCAAUGACCACCCUCUUCACAAACGGUGCCGGUACGGCAACUCGUGGCUUCUUUGAACCAUUACAAUAUAGGCGAUGUGUUGAGCACUAUGAAUUUGGUAAUGAUUUGCUUGAAGAACUUUCAAGUAUGUUUGAAGAACGUUCAGCGAUAGAAAAUUCAUAUGUCAAUGCAUUACGUUCUUGGUCACGAAAAUGGCAUGCUGAAUUAACAAAGUUAUCUGAAUAUGCAUCAAAUAAAAAGGUUUGGGACCAAGUCGUAUCAACAGGCGAACAAAUGGCCGAUAUGCAUCAAAGCAUCGUAUCAAAUUUUCGUGAUAAUAUACAACCAAAAUUAAAACAAUGGAAAAAAGAUAACUAUGAAAAAUCAAUCAUAAAUUAUAAAAAGUCAAUAGAAUUUGAAAAAGAAUUUGAACAAGUACAAAAACCGUGGUUGAAAUUACUCGAAUCAAUUCAGGAAUCGAAAAAAGCUUAUCACAAAACAACUAAAUUACUAAAACAAGCUGAACAAAAGAAAGAAACCAUGCCACUUGAAACACCACCUGAAAUGCAAAAACAAAUUGUUGAUAAUUAUAUACAAAUUAAACUUAAUGUUGAAGCAGCACGAUUAAAAUAUCAAUACUUAUUACGUGAUGUUGCGUCUAGUGCUGAACCACGACAACGUUAUGAAGCUAAUAUGAUAGAAAUAUUUCAACAUACGCAAGCAUUUGAAAAAAAACGAUUAGAUUUUUUCAAAGAAAUCUUCGCUGAAUAUACUAAAACAUUACAACAGCAGCCUGUUUUUAGUAAAAUGUUUGAUGAUUACGUAAAAGUAUUGCAAACACACAAUACUACUGCUGAUCUUGAUACUUGGUACAAAACUGAUGGGCCCGGUUCGCACUCAAAUUAUCCUGUUUUCGAAGAAUCUCAAGAUGCGAUUCCAUAG